AUGUCAUCGACCCAAACGUCCAAAGAACAGGGCCCAUCUGAGAAAUUCCACGUCUCUAUACCCUCAGUGACGCCCAAUUGGUCUCUUGAUGCGUGGAAAUAUCUGCCGUCUGGGCACGGAAAGCAGAAACCGCCGCAAGGCUGGCCGGUCAUCGUCAUGGCACAUGGAAUCUGCUCGAACAAGCUUAUGGGUCUUGAGCCAUAUGCUGAGGUGUUUGCGUCCCUGGGGUAUGCGGUCGUGAUCUUCGACUACCGGCGCUGGGGUAGUUCAGCCGGUACUCCUCGUCACAUCAUUUACGUCUCUGAGCAGCUGGAUGACUACCGAGCUGUGAUCAAGCACUGCCGUCAGCAGUACUCCGAGAUCGACCCGCAGAAGGUGAUAUUGUGGGGUACAAGCUUUUCUGGAGGACAUGUCGUGUCGCUAGCUAGCGAGAAGAAACUCAACAUCUACGCUGCUAUAGCGCAAUGUCCAUAUCUUGGCACCGGUCCGCCGACAAAGCUCACGUGGACAUUUGUCAAGACUAUGUGGAAAUGCCUGCAAGACGUGGUCAGACAAGCCUUUGGGCUGUCCCCCAAGUACAUUCCUGCCGCCGCCCAGCCAGGGGAAGUGGGGUAUAUGAACUUGCCGGGUGCGAAGGACGGCUUGUUUGCGCUCGUUCAGGAUGAACGCGAUUUUCCAAACGAGGUUUCCGCGUCAAGCCUCUUUGAACUGCCGUUCUACAACCCCAACGCCUCUGGCGCACAGAUAACGUGUCGCGUGCUUGUUAUUGCAGUGGAGCAUGACACUCUGUGCCCGCUACGAGCAGCGACGGAGCUGCAGGCGCUUUCGCCUCGCGUCCAGCUCGUACGCAUUCCAUCCGGGCACUUUGACGUCUAUCCGGGAUGUCCUCAUUACGAGAGGUCCUUGGACACUAUGAAAGCCUUCCUACUGGACGAUGAUCUAACUGUCUAGGUCGACCCAUGCUGAGAAGUGUAUGAUAGUAAACCUGUACGCGUAACGCUGUGCGCACGAUCUUGAAGUGAUUUUGAUUCUCGCGAUUUGUGAACACAUGCACUUAUAUCCGAUACGGUAGUACGGCAGGCUACGCUCAUGCCUCGCCGGAUGAUUGCCUUCGAGCCUCCACCUUGGCGGCCGAGCGAGGUUGCUCCUCGGCCAAUGGCGCCUCCUCCGCCCCUGCGGGCUCAGCCGCUCCUCCGCGCACCGCCAACCGUUGUUCGAGCAAGUAUGCAAAGCGGACGUCGCGAAGUGUGAUGCCCGGCUGCGCGCGAGCACGCCGAGGCUCCUCGGCGUGGUGCGCUGGACGC